CAUUCCUAUAAUUUCAUUUAUUUUCUCAUCUUCUUCGUUUUGCUAAGCAAAUUGAUAUUAAACCAAGAAGAAAUGGAGCCAUGCAAUCCUCUAAAUAAGCCACUCAUCGCCUCAUUCUUCUUGUUUAUCAACUUUGCACAUCUCAUUUACGCAUCAUCGGAGAAUACACUGGUGGUUCGUCCCUUCUUAAAAGGCGGCGGAGGCGGCGGAAGUAGCGGGGACGAUUCAAUAUACAAGAAUUCACAUUCUCAACCCGUCGUCGGUGGUUCAUCAGGAACCUCAAAACCUAGUGAUGGGUUGAAGAAACUAUGCGAUAAAACGGAUUAUCCGUCUCUUUGCAUGACAACACUCACGCCUUUCUUCAAGGGCAAAACUGAUAUCAUCUCGGUGCUUCAAAUGUCGAUAAACGCCGCGAUUCAACAGACGAAAUCGGCCAUUUCCGUGGCUCAAAAACUGGUUAAGGCUCCCGGUACGCCUGGUGAAGAUGUAUCCAACCUUAAGGAAUGUAUUGAAACGUAUACUGAUGCGUUGGAUAAUUUCAAUAAUGCAAAAGAAGCGAUCCCGGAGAAAGAUACCGGGACCAUUAAUACGAUGCUGAGCGCUGCGAUUGCGGAUUAUGAGACGUGUAAUGACGAGUUCGGGGGAUCGGGCAGUCCGAUUGGUAAGUACGGGGAGAAACUUACGGAUAUGACCAGUAAUUGCUUGGUGUUUGCUGCUAUGAUAAAGUGAUUUGUUAUGAAAGUGUUGUUCUAAAUUUCAUAUGAAUUUAUGUAGGAAUAAUGUUAGAACAUUUUUUAGCCACAUUUGUUUUUAAGGUUAGUGUUGUAUUAGUGUGCAUUUGUUGUUAUUCGGGGAAAGCAAUUAAUCGUAUGAAUGAAAAUGAAAAGAUUGGAUUAUUGUUUAUGAA